CUGACACUCCCCCCUCCCUCCGUCCUGCGCGGCUUAUAGCGCUGCUUGGCUGCAUCCCGCCCUCAGUCGACGCUGCACACCUCACCCACCGCACAUCUCCGCCAGUCACAGCGCCACCAGUGUCACAAUGGCAUCUCAGAACACAAAGAAACAGAUGGACGAAAUGAAGGAGGCCUUCGAUCUCUUCGACAAGGACGGCAGCGGCACCAUCACCACCAAGGAGCUGGGGGAAGCCAUGUGCACCCUGGGACAGAAACCCACGGACAAGGAGCUCAAAGACAUGAUUAGAGAGCUGGACUCUGACGGUAGCGGCACGGUGGACUUCCAAGAAUUCGUGAAGGUGGUCGGGCCCAAGAUGAACCAACCCUGCGAUGACAUGCUGGAGGCUUUCAAGGUCUUCGACAAGGACAAGAACGGUUCCAUCUCCCCAGCCGAGAUUCGGCAGGUCAUGGCCAGCCUGGGCGAGAAUCUGAGCGACAAGGAGGUCAACGACAUGAUCAGCGAAGCCGAUACCGACGGUGACGGACGGGUGAACUACCAGGAGUUCGUUCGGCUGCUAAGCGAAGUCUGUCGACACAAAGCAGCUCAGGUGACGACAGCAGUCAAGGUGUGCACACCUGCCCGGAAGUGUCCAGGUAGUCAGCAGGUCACACAAGCACAAAGUGGAAACAAGCCUUCAAUACUUCAAUAUGUCGUCGUCUUUGUAUUACACUUGAAAGCCAUUGUUGAGUGUUGCUUAUGGAAACUAUCUGUCAACAAGGCAGCCAGUCUGACGCCAGAGGAACUCAAAGACUACCGCCAGACCUUCGACAUGUUCGACAAGGACCGCAGCGGCGGCGUCAGCCUCAAGGAGCUGGGCGACAUCCUCAAGGCCACCGGCCUGGACGUCAGCAGCGAGCAGCUCUCACGUCUCAUCUCCAAGUACGACACUAACGGUGACGGGGACAUCGACUUCGAGGAGUUCACGCGCCUCAUCACGGAGAGCGAGGUGGCGGCGGCCGUGGCGGGGGCCCGCAUCUUCAAGGCCAUCGACACAGACGGCAGCGGCAGCGUGUCCGCCUCCGAGCUGCGCACCGCCCUCGACAAGCGGGGUGUGGGGCUGACGGAGGGCCAGCUGCAGCAGAUGAUCAGCGUGGCGGAGAAGAGCGGACAGCUGUCCUUUGAAGGGCACGGCAUGUGCUCACGGACCGUCCAUCGCGCCGCUCCACCGGAUAACGUGCCGCCGUCUCACUCCACCCGCCUGUCGCAAUCCGCCAUGGCAGACCAGCUCACCGAGGAACAGAUCGCUGAGUUCAAGGAGGCAUUCUCCCUGUUUGACAAAGAUGGUGAUGGCACCAUCACAACAAAAGAACUUGGGACUGUCAUGCGUUCUCUGGGUCAAAAUCCGACAGAAGCAGAACUGCAAGACAUGAUCAACGAGGUUGAUGCUGAUGGCAAUGGUACAAUUGACUUCCCUGAAUUUCUGACCAUGAUGGCACGUAAGAUGAAGGACACAGACAGCGAGGAGGAAAUCAGGGAGGCUUUUCGUGUCUUUGACAAGGACGGCAACGGUUUCAUCAGUGCUGCUGAGCUUCGACAUGUGAUGACUAGUCUGGGUGAAAAGUUGACUGACGAGGAAGUUGAUGAGAUGAUCCGAGAGGCUGACAUUGAUGGUGAUGGGCAAGUCAAUUAUGAAGAAUUUGUCAAAAUGAUGAUGAGCAAAUGAAAAAAAGAACAUAAGGACUGAAGGACCAGCCAUUUUCCAUGGUACAGGCUGAGAUGCUAUCUCGCGAAAUAGCAGGAUCAGUUGUCUCCCACUUCUGCUGCAUUUCUCUUUCGAAACAUCAGCCUGUUUGAGUCUGGUCUGAUAGAUGUCACUCAAAGUUAUCACAAAGAGAAUUCCCAAAUUGACUGGUCUGAUAUCCAUAAUCAAAAUUAUGGAAAGACAAUGUCAAAGUGCCUUUCAGCUUUACGAGUGUUCCAUCAUGCCUGAGAGAUAUUUUUCUUUAAAAAUCUUGCCAUCCUGCAGACUAGAUAUCUUAGAGUAUUUUACUCACAUCUAAUUGCUGACACAGGCUUAUAUCUGUGUUUAUUUUUUAUAUAGUUUAUAUUUUCUAAGAUUAUUUUCUGAAAUGAGUAUAAGUUACAAGACAGUCUUGCAUCCAGUUGUAGCAGCAGUGAUAACUAGGAGCCACCCUUGGCCUUGUGUUGGACUUAAGGUGUGCAGAAGAUACACCAUCUCCUGAUGCAGCAACAUUUUUCGACUAAAAUAUAUUUUAGGAAUACAAGGUUGUGAUAUUGAGGAACAAUUCAGGCAAUAUGGGAACAUGGCUUCCAGAAAUUUAGCAAUUGAUCAUCAUGGUUUACAGUUUAUGCAUACAAUUGUUGAUAGUUUGUUACACAAAAUUUCUAGUACUAUUCCGCUGGAAAGAAUAAACUUGUGCUUUCAUUGUU